AUGUCUCAACGCGAUAGGAGGGACUAUGAUCCUUCUGAACCAUCAACUAGUAGUGGGUAUCGUAAAACAGGAGCAUCUUCCUCUAGCAGGACACCUUAUUCAAGGUCUCAAGAAUCAACUGUUAGAGAAGGUUCUGAAUAUGAUGCUGGCCCAAGUUCAUCAUCUACAUAUUCAGAACAACAUGGCGCUGAACCAAUGGCAGUGGAUCCUGCUGGUGGGGAUAAUAAAUCAGUACAACAUGGGCGACGUUCGUUUCUGCAAACUACUUUUGUCACCAAACCAAGUAACUUAGUAACUAAGAAAGGAACGUCGGGAGAACAAAUAAUACUGCAAUCAAAUUACUUUAAGUUACUCACGUUGCCUAAUUGGUGCCUCUAUAAAUAUCGCGUUGAUUAUGAACCAGAAGAAGAGCGCACUGUAGUGCGUAAAGGUUUGUUGAAACUUCAUAAAGAAAAAGUCGGACCAUAUAUUUUUGAUGGUACCAUUUUAUAUACGACUGCUCGUCUACCAGAGAAAUUGGAGCUGGUAUCAGCUAGAAAAUCAGAUAAUGCACACAUCAAGAUAAGCAUACGCUUAGUAGGGGACGUGACGCAAGAUGAUCCGCAUUAUAUUCAAGUUUUUAACAUAAUAAUGAGGAAGUGUUUGGAACAUUUGAAAUUGCAGUUAGUGGGCCGAAAUUAUUACGACGCACGUAAUAAAAUCAGCAUAUACGAGUAUAAACUGGAAUUAUGGCCUGGCUAUAUCACAUCUAUUCAUCAGCAUGAAUAUAAUAUACUAAUGUGUUGCGAAGUGUCGCAUAAAGUAAUGCGGCAACAAACACUGUUGGAUAUAUUAGCCGAUUGUUACAGACACAACAGUCAUGACUUUAGGAGCGAGUUCUGCAGAAAUGUUAUUGGUAUCAUCGUACUUACGGACUAUAAUAAUAACACAUAUCGCAUUGAGGAUGUCGAUUGGAAUGCGAACCCUUCAUCGACAUUUCCUAAAAAAACAGGGGAAAAUGUCUCUUAUCGAGAAUAUUACUGGGAGAAAUAUAGAAUCAACAUAGUAGAUAUGACGCAACCAAUGUUGGUAACAAGAAAUAAACCUAAAGAACGAAAUGCAAACAAAGGAGAUCUUGUUUACCUGGUCCCCGAAUUGUGCCGUGCUACAGGAUUGACCGACAAUAUGAGAGAGAAUUUUUACCUCAUGAAAGCAUUAUCUACGCAUACCCGUGUUAAUCCGGAAGCCCGAAUUGCAAAAUUAAGAUCAUUCAAUGAAAGACUUCGUAAGGAACCGAAGGUCGUGGAAGAACUUAAAGACUGGAAGAUGACAUUGGAUACGAAUUUAGUGGAAGUUCCUGCUCGCAUAUUGCCUCCUGAGAAACUUCUAUUUGGUAGAAAUACAAUUAUUAAUAGCCAGUUAGGUGAUUGGUCAAGAAAUAUGCAACGGGCACCUUUAGCGCGUAGCAAGGAAUUGAGAAACUGGAUAUUGAUUGGUUGCGACCGGGAGAGACAAAAUAUAGAGCAAUUUGUAAGGAGAUUACUCGACGUGUCUCGAGGAAUAUCAUUUCGUGUUGAACAUCCACGGAUACAGUGGAUACGCGACGACAAGUCGAGCACGUACACUGAGAACCUCGAGUACGUUCUCAGCAAGUUCGUUCCUGAUUUGGUUUUUUGCGUGGUGAGCAAUAAUCGUGCCGAUCGGUACGUCGCUAUCAAGAAGAAAUGUUGCAUAGACAGACCUGUCCCGUCACAGGUCUUUUUGCAAAAGAACUUGUGCUCGAGGACAGUUAUGAGUAUUGCCACAAAAGUGGCGAUACAGAUGAACUGUAAAUUGGGCGGAGCCCCUUGGUAUAUAGAAAACCCCUUGAAAGGGUUAAUGACUAUUGGUUUUGAUAUAUGUCAUGAUGCUGCUACCAAGGGCAGAAAGUUUCUGGCCAUGGUGGCAACUGUCGAUCAAUCGUUGGCACAGUUCUACAGCUCCAUCACUCUGUACCAUAAUUACGAAGAGCUCGUGGAACAACUCUGCAUGGGUGUGAGCAAGGCCGUACAAGCUUAUCGCGCGAACAAUAAAGCUCUGCCGAUGUGUCUUCUGAUUUAUCGCGACGGUGUCAGCGAUGGGGAGGUACCGCAAGUAUACGAGAACGAAGUGGGAAACUUGAAAAAGAAGCUCGAAGAGCUGUACUACGGCCCGAAUUACAAGAUGUCAUUUAUUAUCGUGUCGAAAAGGAUCAACACGAAGUUGUUCUACAGGAGAAACAAUCCACCAGUUGGCACUGUCGUUGAUGAUAUUAUCACUAGCCCGUUCAAAUAUGACUUCUUCCUCGUGUCACAAGUAGUCAGGCAAGGCACCAUAUCGCCAACUUCAUACAGCGUGAUAUCGGACAAUUCCGGCUUAAAUCCAGAAGCGAUGCAAAGAAUCACCUAUAAAUUGACUCACCUGUAUUACAAUUGUUCAACCACCGUACGCGUGCCGGCGCCUUGCCAUUAUGCACAGAAGUUAUCAUUCUUAGUAGGGAAAUUCCUUCAUCGACCUCCGCACUCGCAGUUGGAGAAUCAACUGUUCUUUUUGUAAUUUUUUUCUUUUUUUCAUUACCAAUGUGAUAAUUGAUUAAAGCUGGCCUUUCGGUCGCUGACAGUCUAAAGUCGGUCGGAGUCGCUGGAAUUGGAAGUGGGCCGACUCGAACGACUGCGACUACCAGAUAACCCUGCGACCACGUUAAAGGCCCAGCAUAUGACGAUUACUGAUAAUUUCAGUUUACACGGCCUAAAUGUUAGACGCGUUUAUUUUUCUUGUAAGAUUUAGCUUGAAUUACUCGAAGAGGAAUUCUGACUGUUUUUAUAAAAGAUAAUUUAGAUUUCGUUGGUAUUAUAAA